UAUUUUGAACAUAAAUACGAGCAGCUGCAACCUUCCUGGAAGCACCGAGAGCCCCCGACGCGGAACUUUGCCCGUCCCCUGUCCGAGGCAGAGCGUAGUAAUGCGGCUUUAGCAGCUUAAAAAGGCUCCAGCUCCUUACGGCUUCCCCGAAUCGUAGCCAGCCGGUGCUUCGGAGCGGAUAUUUCGACAUGUUUUCUUAAAUCGCGGCUAACUGGCUGGUUACCUCCGGGUUAGCGCAUUAUAUCAUCUUCCUGCCCAGAUUGUCUUUUUCGACGGAAACUUCGAAUAAACAAAUCAUUGGAUCAUCGGCCGCAGGACCAGAAAUACCAAAAUGGAGCCCAAUUUCGGCAGCACCAGUCCGGUUAACACUCUUUUCAAAAGCAGGCCCGAUGGGAUCCCCGGGCUUUCCGCGCUCUCCUUGCCCGACUUCAGUGCAAAGAACGCGCACUGCAGGAACCUGUUCUCCCCCGGACCCACCGCGGUUCUCUCUCCGGUCACAAAUCUGGCUUUGGACAUGAACAACUUAGUCGUACUCGGAAGCAGCCAGUGUGAAACCCCGAAGAGGAGCAAGCCUCCGCUCCUCCAGAAGGUGCCAUCCUUUGCCUCAGACACCUCCUCUGAUGCAGGCCUCGGCCUGGACCCCCCCAGCCCCAUGGAUGCUGAAGUGGAGGACUCGUUUGAAAAGGCCGUGGAGAAGUGCAGCAGAGUCGUCAACAAGAAGAUGCCGAUCCGCAGAAUCAACUCCCUUCCACUGUCUCUCCUGGGCUUCAGUCCAGCCAUGAAAGGACAAGACACCGACUCUGAUCGCUAUGGAAUAUUUGGCCAACCCCCCCCUGAAGUCGGCAGUUCCUCCGGUCACAAUAAAGAGAACAUUCCAGAGGAGAGCUUUGCCUUCAAAAAACCAAAGCCUGUGUCUCGGAGUCGCUUACGCUCUUUCAACGACGCCACAAAAGACGCCUUUGCCCUCCGCCCAAACUCCGCCCCGGCCCUCAUGCUGUCUUCACCUCCUGCCGCCCAGCAGCUUCACUUCCAUGACUCCAGCCCCUUCCUUAGGCGCUCCUCCCUCACCUCGUCACUGGGCGACUAUGAAGACGACGGGUUUCUGGAAGUUCUCGACGACGACGUGGAGACGGAUGCUGCCAUGCCGAAGGGAAUGGCGAGUUUGCUGACCGCCCCUCUGGUGGCCGACAGCCCGGGAGAGGCCUCGCCUUUAAUCCGGUGCCGACCACGGAACCUGUUCCGCUCGCCCUCCAUGCCCAGCCCGGCGUCUCGACCCGCUGCGAAGCGGCCCGACUGUCCCGUGGACGAGAACACGCCGGUGAGGGUGAAGAGACGGCGCAGCCUGGCGGGCACACAGGUCACGCUCCUGGAGCAAGACCCAGAAUCUCCGAGAUCGGCUGGCACUUUUCUUCAGAGGUCCAAGUCUUUCUGUCACGCAGAGAUAGAGCAGCUGCUGGACAAGGUGGAAAGCCCCAACGAUCUGAUCGGAGACUUCACCAAGCCCUUUGUGCUUCCCACGGUGGAGGGCAAACAUCAGGACCUGAAGUACAUCACGUCAGACAUGAUGGUGGCGGCACUCAGCGGACACUUCCAUGAAGUGGUGGACCAGGUCAUCGUCAUCGACUGCCGCUACCCCUACGAGUUUGAGGGCGGGCACAUUAAGGGGGCUCUGAACUUUCACCUGGAGAGCCAGGUGGAGGAGUUCCUCCUCAGGACCCCCAUCGUCCCCUCCUCUCCAGAGAAACGCGUCGUCGUCGUCUUCCACUGCGAGUUCUCCUCGGAGCGCGGCCCUCGCAUGUGUCGCUUCAUCAGGGAGCGGGACCGCGCCUUGAACGACUACCCCAAACUCCACUACCCCGAGCUCUACAUCCUCAAGGGGGGGUACAAGGACUUCUUCCCCCACUUUCAGGCGCAGUGUGAGCCGCAGGCGUACCGGCCCAUGCACCACGAGGACUUCAAAGAGGACCUGCGGAGGUUUCGGCUGAAGAGUCGCACUUGGGCCGGCGAGCGCAGCAAGAGGGACAUGUACAGCCGCCUAAAGAAGCUGUGACGCCUCCUCGGCCUCGCAGAUUCAUCCCACCAGCCAGAAAUCGCACCAGCAGCUGUUUUUUUAUAAACAAAUCCCAGCGUUUCCAUUUUUAACCCCACGAUGUAGCUACUAAACAGCAAACCGGACUUCCCGCCGCUCUGAGGAAGCCGAGGCCGCAGCAUGAAUUUUUCCAGCUGAACCUGCUACUCUUUUAAUACUUUUUUAUUUUGGGCCGGUCAGAGCCGGUCUGCAAAGAUCCAACAUUUCACCGUCCCGCUCAUUCAUGCACUUAAUAAACUCCAGACCCCCCUGUCACCCCCCCAGCACUGAAGAUCUGAAUGACUUCAGGAGCGUAACCCAUCCGAUCAGCUUUUUCUGCAGCACAAAGCAGACAAGAUGAUCCCCCCCCCCCCCCUCGGGUUUUGAGCCAUUUUUAUUUUUGGAUUUUACUUUCUUUUUCUUUUUUUUUUUUUUUGACAAUCUUCCCUCACUCUUUUAAAAAUGUCAUUCUAAUAUUCUUGGUGGCCUUGGUAUUUUUAACUUUUUGGAGGAGGGGGGAAAUAAACAUGUAAUAUGUGGUCGUAUGUCAUUUGAUUUAUUGGGGGGAACCCAGUGGGUGGGGUGGCAGUAAAACUGUAAAAGGACA